ACCCAAAACAGUCUCAAUGAUUUGUUUUUACAGGCUGAUCAACUGACAGAGGAACAGAUUGCUGGUGAGUACAUAUAAUGUGCUGCGGCACUUUCCUAAUCUUCUCUCCUUGAUGGUUUGGUGUGCAUUCUGGGGUGGAACUAUUCUUAUGUGCAAGUAAUACAGCAAAAGUGCACCAAAAGGGGUAAGGACAAAAAAAGGGGAAGAGCAAGUCCCACCUUAUGGAUAGCCCACCCCAUAUUUUUUCCUUACUCCUUUUUACCCCUUCAAAGGGCCACCUUUUUUCAAAGUCGCCUAUUAUGGUUGCCAGAAUAGAAAAAAUAUGUGUAGGUAAUUGCAUGAUUUGUAGUGAUAUUUGGCAUAAAUACCACAAGUGAUAUUUCGAAACUGUUGUACAUAAUAGGCGAGUGAAAUUUGAGACAAUUUUGAAAUAUCACGAGUGUUAUUUAUGCCAAAUAUCACAAACAAAUCAUGCUAUUAGUUGUUUAUACUAGUACCUGCAAAGGUUUGUAAUUUUCACAUGUAGGUAUUUCAAAUAAUUAUUAAGCUCAAAUACCACUGCUCUAAGCCAAUCAAAUUGCCAAAAUUUCUCAGGUAGUAGUAUAAAAUAAAAAAUAAUAAGUCACCCCGUUCAGUUACAUAAAAGUUUCAAAUAUUAACAAUCAAAGUGGCUGCCAAGGUAUUGUGGCCCAAUUUCAGGAGAUGCAACUGACAGUUGUAAGAAACGCUUAAAAAAAGUUAUUGCUCGGUUUCAUCACUCCCAAAAUAGGUUGUGUGGUGACUAAAAUGUUUGCAGCUUGGACAUAGUAUUGAUACUGUACAUUUUCUUUGCUUCCUUUGUUUUGUUUAAAAAUGACAUGGACAGGAGGACAUGUUUUGGAAAAAAAUGCCCUCACUUACAGGCUGUAAAUAACCCUCGUAAGCACCAGAAUGUGUGAUUUCCUUUUGCAGAAUUCAAAGAGGCAUUCUCUCUAUUUGACAAGGAUGGAGAUGGUACAAUCACCACAAAAGAGUUGGGUACAGUGAUGAGAUCUCUUGGACAGAAUCCAACAGAAGCGGAACUUCAGGAUAUGAUCAACGAGGUUGAUGCUGAUGGUGAGUGCAUAGAUAAUAAAACAGUGCUUCGAUAAGAACUAGGGAAAUGAGUUUUAUCAUCUAGUGGGUCAUGAUUUACCUUCUGGAUAGCAUCACAAGACGUUAUUGGAGUCAGGUAAAAGUGAAUCACUAUCCAGUGAAUAAGCAUUUAGGAAACCAAUAUUGGAUUAUCCUCUGGAUACAGAUUUACCCAGUGGAUAGUGUUAUCCAUCUGGGACCCACUUGAUAAUAAUUAUUCUAAAGUCAUAAAAUUUAUUUCUCAGCCAUGUUUUUGCAACCCUAAAGUACAUUGCUUACACAAGUUGCAUGUGGUAACUGACUUCUUCUUGUAUUAGGCAAUGGCACAAUCGACUUUCCAGAGUUUCUGACCAUGAUGGCACGUAAAAUGAAAGACACGGAUUCUGAAGAGGAAAUCAAGGAAGCUUUCCGUGUGUUUGACAAGGACGGUAAUGGCUUCAUCAGCGCUGCUGAGUUGCGACAUGUUAUGACUAACCUGGGUGAGAAACUUACAGAUGAAGAAGUAGAUGAGAUGAUCAGAGAAGCUGAUGUUGAUGGUGAUGGACAAGUCAAUUAUGAGGGUAAGGCUAUUUCCAUAAUUGGAGAACAACUGCCACUGUCAAUGAAUUGUUAUGUUGUUGUCGUUUUUCUUUUGUUGCUGUUCAGCCGUUAUUGUUGUACUUUGCAUGAAACAGUUACAUGGUGCAAAAACUAGAUUGAGGUAACUGGGUAACUGAUCACCUACCACUUCCCAAAGUCAACGUUGAUGCUCACUUUUCACUAAGGGUAAAAUUGUGACGUAGGGGAGGGGUGGGUGGUUAGUUGCCCAGAUGUCACUUAGCUGUAUGGCAAACAAUGCUGUGGGACCUUGGAAGAAGAAGGUAUUAGCUUUGUAAAUGAUGUAAUCUCUUUGUUUUUCUUGCCCCACUGCACUGAUUGCCAUCCAUUAAGAUUUUUUCCAUGUACCAUUUCAAGCCAGGAGCCAAUUCUACUGUUUGCCUCUUAGAAGAGGGGCUAUUUACACAUGGGCAGAUUCAUGCUCAGCAAGUAACUAUUGUAGGGAGAUAUAGGACAGGGAAAUUUUUGUCAAGUUGAUUUUGUAGAGUACUUAAGAAUGUUGACAGGAAUAAUUUUCUAGAGGUCAAUCUGGCUUUGCCUAACAACCCUGCAUUCUCAUUUUGUCCUUGCAGAAUUUGUGAAGAUGAUGACAUCAAAGUAG